AUGCCUUCAGAUUUAACAGCGUAUCUUGCUUCUAAGUACUUGGUUGCCGACCCAAAACCAGCGAAGAAACGGAAGCGCAAGCGCGGCGCCAACGCCAACAAUGGCCUUCUUAUUACAGACGAUGACGAUUCAGGCUGGGGCAACACCAAUACGCAGCAGGAUGACGAGGGAACAGAUGCUCCAGUUACAGUAUCGGGGCGGUCUGCUGAGUUUCGAAAAGCCAAGAAGAGCAAUUGGAAGUCAGUUGGAGGAGACGCGACAUCAAAAGAUGACUCGGCUGCGGCUGCAGACGCGAUUCUAGCAUCAGCGGCAGCGGAGCAAAACGCAGCUCGCGACGAAGACGAGGACAUGCCUAUUAUUGAAGAUGACGGAUCAGCUGUGAAGAUGAGCGACGGAACACAUGCAGGACUGCAAAGCGCAGCAACUGUUUCAGCGCAACUUAAACGGCGACAAAAAGAAGAGCGCGAGGAGUUCGAACGGCACCGCAAGUCAAAGGAGGAAGAAACAAUAUAUCGAGACGCUACAGGCCGAAGAAUCGACAUAUCAAUGAAGCGCGCCGAAGCACGACGUGCCGCUACUGCGGCCGCCUUUGAAGCAGAGGAAAAGGAGCGCCUGGCCAAAGACGCUCUCAAGGGCGACAUACAGCUUGAGGAGGCGCGUAAGCGUCGAGAGAAGCUACAAGAUGCCAAGCUUAUGUCAUUCGCGCGCACAGCCGAUGACGAAGAAAUGAACCAGGAAUUGAAAGAUCAGGAGCGCUGGAACGAUCCUAUGAUGCAGUUCAUGGCCGAGAAGAAGCAAACAGGCACAGGACAGAGCAAAAAGUCAAAACGUAAGCCAGUUUACGCUGGCGCAGCGCCGCCAAAUCGGUACGCGAUCAAACCAGGCUAUCGCUGGGAUGGUGUCGAUCGUGGCAAUGGCUUUGAAGCUGAGAGGUUCAAGGCACUUAACCGUAGAGAACGGAACAAGGGACUUGAAUACUCUUGGCAAAUGGAUGAAUGA